AUGCCCUCAAAGUUCUCUACACCGGUGGAGAGCAUCCAAGACUGGGUAUAUAAUACGGAUGAUGUUUCAGGGCCACAGCGCCUUGUUCGCCACAUAACCUCUCUCCAAAUCAAGAACUUCACUCCAUUUCCUGCUCGCGACUCUCUUGCGUCUGCCUUAACCCAGCCGACCGAACGACCAUCGCAUACUUCGGAUGAUCUCGACCUCGGGCGGAGCGCUGGACGAACCCGACGCGUUUCCUCCACGUCUAUCUCGUCUCUAUCACAGAUACAAGAAGGCAGAGGGCGACGCCGUACGCUCUCGCGUACGAGUGCGCUGGAGUCUGUCAUGGGAGGUUCGACCCUCAGCACUAGUCCUCCUGUAUCGAGCGAUGUUGGCCAGGACGGAUAUAAUGUUGGAGCGGGAAUGGUGGGAGCUGGGCCGGCACGGAGACCGAGUUUGACGGGCGCAUUCCAACGAAGACCGCGCGCCAAUUCGACCAUGUCAGUGCUGAGCCAGUCGUCCGGGCAAACACACAACUCGAUGCAGGCGCCGUCACAUGGUGCCGGUAUCUGGAUGGACCACAGCCAGGCGACACUUGAGCGCAUCUUGCGGGCACGACUUGUCGAGACUUUUAUCGCCGUCACAGUUCCUUCAUCAUCCGAGAUGCAAUCUGCAUCUGAGCCAGGCAGUCAUGCCGCGGCAUCCGUGUCUCCGGUCUCGCCGCGCACAGCCUCUCCAGUUUCGCCUCGUCGUCCGACUGGACACAAACCCAACAUUUCCAUAUCUGCUUCUGGCUCCGGAAGCUCUCGUUUGAGCAAGUCCUCUGCGACGUCUUCGCUAUCUCCACGCUCCUCCCACCUCUCGAAGACAGCAGAUCGCAAUCACCUAGAACUGGACAACUUAUUUGAUAGCGAAUCUGUAUCACAACCGUCCCUUGUAUCGUUCGCCACAGCCCCGUCCUUCCCUUCAUCUUUACCUUCGACAUCGUCACAUACGCCAUCCUCGGCGACUCGCAGUUCGCGGAUGCAUUUUCCUGGCUCUUCGUCUCAGCGGCAUCCGCGACCGGUGCCAGACUACAUAUCGUCACCCCACCAUCCUUCGACGAAUCCCUCAUUUCCUGUGGACUUCGCUCGAGCUCUACCACCGUGGACAGAUCGGACGAGUGAGCAUGUCACGGUUGAGCUCUGGGCGAAGGUCGUAACUCCGCCGGCAUCAUUGAAAGGGAAGGGGAAGCAGAAGGAAGAGAUACGUGAAGAUGGCGAGGGAGAGUGGCGUAUACUCGAAGAAUGGGUGCUGUCUUUGGCAGAUCUAGUUCCUUUGCCGGAUGAGUUCAUUCAGAAUCCGGCCCGUAUCCCAUUUAACACUCUCAUCGUGUCGCUCUCAACGUUUCCCCACCCAUUAUACCUUCCUCCACCCGACAUCGAUCCAGCACGAACGCGAGCGCGCAGUGUAUCACCUACGCGACGAGACGGCUCAACACCUCCGACAGCUUCACUCUCUGGAGAUGGCUUGAAGAAUCUGCGCGUCGAUGCGUCGACUGCCAGUACCGACAGCAGUAGUAGGGGCGCAAGUACGAUACGGCAGGAGCCUAGUAGUGCUCGAAUACAGCCUCGGACUCGAACUUCAAACUGGCCGGAGCUGCUUAAGCUUGCGACGCUGCAGACGGCACUUGCUGAGACGCGCGCUCAACUCCGGGAUACGAGUGCUGCAUUGGAUGACUUCGUCGCUAGCGAUGAGUUAAUACCUCUGAAACACGAAGUGUCAGAGCGACAGGCGCGCGUUGAUGAGUGGAGAGGCGUUUCAGCGAGGAUGCACAGCGAAGUCGAAGACCUACGGCAACGCAUCAGUGAAAAGCGGAUGGCGCUCCGGGAAAGACGAGAAGAAGUCGACACCGCCUCAAACUUACUCGCAGAUGAUGCGAAGGCCAUCGAGGACACUGCCGCUGAGAUCGCUGCAGAGCGAGAACGCAAUGCUGUGCUUCGCUCACGCAUAGCACCGCGAAGGGCAGCUCUCGUUGCCACGCUCGCAUGGCUCUUCCCAAUCGAGCUGCGCUCGCCUGACGACCUUCUAUUCACGAUCCUCGACAUACCACUAGCUAUACCCGCUGGAGCGACUGAUCCCGCACCGCCAUUGACAUUGCCGGCGCACAAGGAUGUGAAUGAAGACAGCGUCGCCUCUGCACUCGGCUACGCGGCUCUCGUGGUCGGGCUACUGGCUACCUACACGGGGCUAUCGCUCGUCUAUCCGGUCACAUUUAUUGGGAGCAAGAGCGUCAUCAAAGAUGGCAUCAGCGCCAUGGUCGGCCCGAGAAUGUUCCCCUUAUUCUCGCGUGGCGUCGAUACUUAUCGUUUUGAGUAUGGAGUCUUCCUCCUAAACAAGGACAUCGAGCUGCUUAUGGCUGAGCGCGAUCUCCGUGCGCUCGACGUUCGCCAUACGCUGGCGAAUCUCAAGAAUCUCCUCCUCACACUGUCCGACGGUGUCUCCCCUCCCACUACCUUCACCCCAUCACUGUCACUCGCCAGUUCCAUCACACCCACACUGGUAUCUGAUGAGUCAGACUCCGGUCUUGCGUCAAGAGCCGCGAGCCCAACGCCAACGGAGCGAUCAUUAGCUACUGUCAAGGACGGCGAUGCGACCACGCCUACACAGGCUUCUACUUCAGCGGACGCGGAGACCAAGGACAAGGAACCUCCACAACCACCACCGACAACUAGCCGGAUGUCGUUCUUCGGCCUCGGAUUCCUUCGUUCGCGGACCGCACAGACGCCGAGCGUACGAGCAGUUCCCGAAGAGCCUGAGCCAUCGUCUGCUUCCCCUGUGGUCGGAGACUCGUCGACCGCAAAUGGUGGUGCCCUCAACGUCAACGGGAAUGCGAACGGUCGGACAGGACCAGACGCAGAUGAUCGAGGUGUCAGCGAUGCUGCAGAUGGGCAAGCUGUUGGGGACGGCAAAGCCGAAAAGACCUUGGACGGCGAACCGGUCAUCGCUGCACCUCUCGCCACUUGA